AAAUCUACUGAUACAGCUGAUACGAUCACAUUUGCAUGUGCCCAUAUCUCUGUCUCCCAUACCAUCGUUGUACCGUUUAAUAGACAUAUAUAUAUAUAUAUAUAAUUAACACAGUGACAUACAGCAAUACUAACAGGAGGGCGGACUGCACACAUAAACACUUUUUGCAAUUCACGGCCAAUGUGCCAUAAUAAGAUAUCCCUAUCAACAGUUGACAUUUUACCAUCUUCGCGAUCACUACUUUUGCCUGAUAAUUAACUUAACUUCGCUACCCCGUAUAUUAUAGUGUGUGUGUGUGUCGCCGUCAGCUCCCUGUUGGAUUAAUCAUCUCUAGGUGUCCAGCAGGUUGUAUUAUCCAUUUAAUAUUUCAAUUGCUUAAUAAAUAUUUAUUUAUAUCGUUGUUAACCUAAAGUGUUAUAUAUAUAUAUUGUAGUGCGACCCUUGGUAGUUCCUCUAAGGGAAUAUAAAUUAAAUAGGAAACUUCAGUACCUAAGGUAGAUAUAGCCUAGCCAGCUAUCCCCCGUUGGUCCCUUAGAAUACUGUCGACGGGCAUUUAGGCUAAACCCCUAAAUAGCGACGUAACAAUUGGUGGAGGCGCCGAUCUCUCUGUUUUAUUUUAAACUUUCAGUGAGGGAUCCCCCCCUAAGUGUACUACAAUUUUUAUAUACCGCUUUUCACGGUUAAUUUAUAAAUUAAAUAUUUUUUAUUUAUUAUUGGCUCACUUUAUUAUAAUAGUAACAAUUGUAUAGUUAGGUAUAACUAUAAAUUAAGUCUUUGAGUUACAUAAUCUUUUAUAUACGUUUAUAUGCCUCUCUAUAGUUAUUAUUUAAAACGCACCUUUAAUAAUCAAACUUGUAGAAUUACCGAAAGAGUUUGGAAUCUAUUAGGUUUUGAUAGUAAUAUUUUGGAACUAACACCAGAUCAGGUUAUUAGUUCAUUUGGAAAGAAAAGGGGUAUUUCUGUUUCUAAGGCUUUUGAUCAUACCGCUUUUAUAAAAUUUCCAGUAGGAGCAACUUUAAUUUACGAAAGCACUAUAUUCGAAGUUUAUAAACGAGAAAGUAAACGGCUCUAUUUACCGAAACAGUUCCAGCAAAUUUCUCUUUUAGAAAAAAUUGAAAUUUUAAAAAAAGAUACGAAAGGGUAUUAUUUUUGCUAUUGUACAAAAGGGGAAUUACUUAAUAUUUUGUCAUUUUUAAACGCAGAACAGCCGAUAAAUAGUCACACCAAAGAUUUGAUAAAUAAAUUACGUUCUAUUUUCAAACAACCACCCCUCUCAGAAAAAUUUGAAUCUGAUUCGGACUCCGAGGCAGAAAAACUUGAUAAAAUUUCAAGUACUCUGUCGGUCCCGCUAAGCACAAAAAGCGCUUCUUCGAGUGAAUCGAACACCCCUACCGAUCUCGACAAAACCGUUGUCGAAUUUCCUUUAGCUAAACCAUCAGAAAUUUCACGCGAGGUCACCGUAGAACCUAAACCUAUUUCUGCGCAAUCAAAACUUUUAGAAAAUAAACCAGUUAAAUUAAUAACUACUAUGGCCAUAAACGCAAUUAGAACACCCCAAACAUUUUCAGGAAACUUAACAGAGGACGCGGAUAGAUUCUUCGUUAAUUUCGAAAGGGUAGCAACCGCUAAUAGGUGGGAUGACGCGGAGAAAUUAAUAAUGUUGCCCCUUUCAUUAUGUGACACGGCUCAAACGGUUUUUGAGGCUAUCGAAUCCGAAAACCCAAACUUAAAUUGGCAUGAGGCAAAAAAUACAAUGAUAAAGUUUUAUAAUUCAGACGCACGACUUCGAAUGAGACGUCAAAAUUUAGAAUCUAGGAGAAAGAGUGAUUCGGAAACAGUACAAGAGUAUUUGCUAAAAAUAAAAGAAGAGUGCAGGAGAAUAGAUAAAAAUAUGACAGAAAGGGAGGUAAUAAGGUAUAUUUUGAAAGGUUUACCAGAAGAAAUUGUUAAAGAGUUGAGAACAAUGGACUUAGAUUCACUUGUGGCACUUGAGGAAAAUAUCAAAAGACUAGAGAGGAAUGCAGGGCUAACGGAAAUGAAUGACAAAGAUAAAAUGAUAGACAAAAUGCAAAAGCAAAUAGAUCUUUUAACACUAACGGUUAACGGUACUCCAAGAUUCAAUAAUAAAUAUGCAAAGGUUAAUAAACAAAAUUCGAGUCAUAAUAAAAAUAAUAAUACAUAUUUUAAUAAAGGUAAUAUGGCAUACAACAACAAAAAUAAUUAUACAAAUCAAAACUAUAACAACAAUGGUAAUAAUUUUAACAAUAACACUAGAUAUAAUAAUAAAUAUCAAAAUUACAAUAAUUCAAAUCGAAAUACAGACGGUCAGUUUUACAAUUCUAAUAAUAAUAAUAAUGGUAACUACAGAAACAAUCAUAAUUUUAAUAAUAAUAAUUCUUAUAAUAAUAACAGAUUUUCUAAUAAUACAGGUCAAAAUUAUAACAAUAAUAAUGGUGGGCGAAAUCAGGGCGCAGGAGGUCCGUCUACUAAUAAGUGGGCCCCGAAUCAGCGGCGCCCGCAGCAAACUCAAAAAAACGAAUAAGUCAAAAUUCGAUGGUUAGGGCGAAUUUUGACACUCUUUCGCGACCUAGCCAAAAAGUUCAAUCACCAGCUCCCAUUACGAAAGCAACAUUAGCGCAAAAUAAUUUAAAUAUCACAGGUGUCUCUAAUUGUUUUAACAUUUUUUCAAAUUGCGCAUCGGUCCCUCAACCUAUAAUAAUUGGGAAAUUAAAUAGUAUUGAGUCAAAGUUUCUUAUUGAUACGGGGGCAUCGAUUAGCAUAAUAAGUAGCGCUACACUUCCCAUGAAUCAUGAUAUUAUUCCAGCCCAAAACGCGACCCUUACUACAGCAAAUGGGUCCCCUUUAGAUUUAUUAGGUACAACCUCAAUUGAAGUAAAUUUCUGUGAGCAUAGUUUUAUUAUUGAAUGCGCUGUCGUUAAAAACUUAAAUGGGUAUAAUCUUUUAGGUAAUAGUUUUCUACACAAAUAUAAGGCUAAUAUUGAUAUGUAUGAUUCGAAAAUUAUUUUAUUUGACGGACCACAUAGGGUGACCGUACUCUUCGAAAAAUUCAGUUCUAGCAAUGUCGCAAAUCAUAUUCUUUCACACAAAGAUUCUACCAAUGUUUCCAUUGAGUCCACAGCGGCGAAUAUGCAGGUUUCAAAAAAUAUCCCACAAGACGGCUUUUGCGGCGUAAAUACAUUAGUAGAGGUGUUGAAAAAUAAAAAUAUUAAUGUUAAUUUUCAUGAUAUUCAAGUAUUACUAGGCGUAGAUUCUGCAAGUCAGCCUGUCUGGCUUGAGGCAGAAGAUCUAGCAGCCGUCGCGUCAUAUUACAAUAAAAAUUUAAUUGUACUUUCCCAAGAUAACAAUUGUUCGGACGUAAGUGUUAUCGCAUUCACAGAAUUCGAUCGAGAUAACGUGUUUGUUUUAUUUUCCCACUGUCAUUGGUCUCCAUUAGAAUACGUAAAAAAUUCUAGUGUUAAUUUUAAUAUUAAAACAAUUGUGCAUAUUAAUGACAAUAUUUCAGUCGCCGACAGGCGUAAAAUUCUAAACUCCAGACAAAAAAAUUAUGAUUUUACCGAACACUUCAAACAAAAUGAUGCGUCAACACCAGACGUACACUUCGAAUCUCAGGUUAACGAAACAUGUUUCGCGGAAAAAGAAACAACAUCUUCUCUAGCAGACGUUUCACAAAAGGUAGAAUUCGAUAUUAACCCGUCUUUAUCUCACGAUAAAAAACAAAAACUUGAAACAUU